ACGAUGAGUUCCGCGUUCGUGCGUGCUGCCUUCCAAUAGAAAGUCUGGGUGUGAUUUAAACAGAUUCAACCGACACGCCAAGUUAUCAAACUGGAUUUGGUCAAAGGAGAGUAAACUAGGCCGGAUUUUUUGGAUUUUACAGUACCCGUACUGUAAACGACUUGGAACGAAAAAGGACUCUUCUCUUUUUUUAAGUAAUGCAAGCAGCAGCAGCAGCAGUGAUGGAGGAAUCUAACGCAACUACCAUCGAGCAACAACCCAUCGCCCUCAUCAAUGGCCAAGAGCAGGUGUCCAACGAGCAGCAACCAUCAUCGCCCACUACUUCGGUGGCCACGCCCACCAGCACCACCAGCGGCGGCACUGGCAAUGCCACACCCGCCUUUAGCUACGACGACCUGUUCCCGGCUCUGCCGGCCAACACCUCGGCGCCGUCGCAAUCCGGAGCUUCCAGCUCGACGAUAGCCCGUGUGACUAGCUCGCAGAAGACGCAGGUGUUGCAUGUUCCCUGCGAGGAGCGCAAGUCCACGGAAUCGGAGAAGUUUGGCGAAGGCGAGUCGAAGCGGAUUUGCCAGCAGAUCACCAAGGAGACGGGCGCCCAGAUCGAGAUCGUUAGCGGCAAAAACCAAUCGCUUACCUUCUUGAUCAAGGGCAAGCAGAGCGAGCUGCUGGACGCUCGCCGUAAGAUUCUGAUGAGCUUCUCGACGCAGGCCAGUCGUCAGGUGACCGUUCCGCGGGAGCACUACCGCGUCAUCCUCGGCAAGGGUGGCCAGCGGCUGCGCGACCUUGAGCGCCUCACCUCCACGCGCAUCAACAUCCCCAGCCAAGGUGACGAGAGUGAGUUCAUCACCAUUGCCGGCACCAAGGAGGGCAUCGAAAAGGCCGAACAGGAGAUCCGUCAGCUGUCCGCCGAGCAGUACAAGAAGUCGUCGGACCGCACCACGGUGCCCAAGAUCUACCAUCCGUUCAUUGUUGGUCCCUAUAGCGAGAACCUGAACAAGUUGCAGGAGGAGACGGGCGCCAAGAUCAAUGUGCCGCCGCAGCAGGUGCAGAAGGACGAGAUCAUCAUCUCUGGCGAGAAGGAUGCCGUUGCAGCGGCAAAGGCGAAGGUGGAGGCCAUCUACAAGGAGAUGGAGAAGAAAUGCUCCACCGUCAGUGUGGAGGUGGCCAAGCCACAGCAUCGUUAUGUUAUCGGUCCCAAGGGCUCCACCAUCGCCGAGAUCCUGCAGCUGACCGGUGUGUCCGUGGAGAUGCCGCCCAAUGACUCCACCCUUGAGACCAUCACUCUGCGCGGACCCCAGGUGGCCCUGGGAAAUGCGCUCACCGUGGUUUACCAAAAGGCCAACUCUGUGAAGUCGGUGGAGAUCAAUGCGCCGCACUGGAUCCACAAGUAUGUGAUUGGUCGCAAGGGCGCCAACAUGAAGCAGCUGGAGGAGAACUGCCCCAACGUGAACGUCAACUGCCUGGAGGACAAGAUCAAGCUGGAGGGUGAUCCCGAGAACGUAGACCGGGCUGUCUCAUACCUGACCGAAAUUAUCCGCAACUACGAGGAUAACUUCACCUUCGAGGUAAUGACGGUCAAUCCCUCGUACUACAAGCACAUUAUCGGCAAGGCUGGCGCCAAUGUCAACCGUCUGAAGGAUGAGCUUAAGGUGAACAUCAACAUCGAGGAGCGCGAGGGCCAGAACAACAUCCGCAUCGAGGGGCCCAAGGAGGGAGUGCGGCUGGCGCAGCUUGAGUUACAAGAAAAAAUCGACAAACUGGAAAACGAAAAAUCGAAGGAUGUGAUCAUCGAUCGCCGUCUGCACCGUUCCAUUAUCGGCGCCAAGGGCGAGAAGAUUCGUGAGGUGAAGGACCGCUAUCGACAGGUGACGAUCACGAUACCCACGCCCCAGGAAAACACCGACAUUGUAAAGCUUCGCGGACCCAAGGAAGAUGUGGACAAGUGCCACAAGGAUCUGCUCAAGCUUGUCAAGGAGAUCCAAGAGUCAUCGCACAUCAUCGAGGUGCCCAUCUUUAAGCAGUUCCACAAGUUCGUCAUCGGCAAGGGAGGCGCUAACAUCAAGAAGAUCCGUGACGAGACGCAGACCAAGAUCGAUUUACCGGCCGAGGGAGACACCAACGAGGUGAUCGUCAUCACCGGAAAGAAGGAGAACGUCCUUGAGGCCAAGGAACGCAUCCAGAAGAUCCAGAACGAGCUCUCCGACAUCGUCACCGAGGAAGUGCAGAUCCCGCCCAAGUACUACAACUCGAUCAUCGGCACUGGCGGCAAGCUCAUUUCCUCCAUCAUGGAGGAAUGCGGCGGCGUGUCCAUCAAGUUCCCCAACAGCGACUCCAAGAGCGAUAAGGUCACCAUUCGGGGUCCCAAGGAUGAUGUGGAGAAGGCCAAGGGCCAGCUGUUGGAGCUGGCCAACGAGCGGCAGUUGGCUUCCUUUACUGCCGAGGUGCGUGCCAAACAGCAGCACCACAAGUUCCUCAUCGGUAAGAACGGCGCGUCCAUCCGCAAGAUUCGUGACGCUACCGGUGCCCGCAUUAUCUUCCCCUCGAACGAGGACACCGACAAGGAGGUGAUCACCAUCAUUGGAAAGGAGGAUAGCGUGAAGAAGGCCCGCGAGCAGCUGGAAGCGAUCAUCAAGGAGUGCGACGAGGUCACCGAGGGUGAGGUAGCCGUCGAUCCCAAGCACCACAAGCACUUUGUGGCCAAGCGCGGCACCAUCUUGCAUCGUAUUGCCGAGGAGUGCGGCGGCGUGAUGAUCUCCUUCCCCCGCGCCGGCACCAAUUCGGAUAAGGUGACGAUCAAGGGCGCCAAGGACUGCAUCGAAGCGGCCCGCCAGCGUAUCGAGGAGAUCGUUGCCGAUUUGGAGGCGCAGACCACCAUCGAGGUGGUGAUCCCGCAGCGCCAGCACCGCACUAUAAUGGGUGCUCGAGGCUUCAAGGUGCAGCAGGUGACCUCUGAGUUCGAUGUGCAAAUAAAGUUCCCCGAUCGCGAUGCCACCGAGCCCGUCGAGGGCCUCACCAAUGGCGGUAGCGGAGUUAACGGCGCCGGCGAUGGCCAGGACGGCGAGCAGGAAGCGGAGGCGGCAGAGCCAGUGCGUCAGUGCGACGUAAUCCGCAUCACGGGCAGGAUCGAGAAGUGCGAGGCCGCCAAACAGGCCCUGCUCGAUCUCAUUCCCAUCGAAGAAGAGUUGUCGGUGCCUUUCGACCUGCACCGCACCAUCAUUGGACCGCGUGGAGCCAAUGUCCGUCAGUUCAUGUCCACGCACGAUGUGCACGUGGAGCUGCCGCCCAGUGAGCUCAGAUCGGACGUGAUCAAGGUCUCUGGAACGCCCGCCCGCGUGGCCGAUGCGCGCGAGGCCCUGGAGAAGAUGAUCGAGGAGUACGAGGCCGAUCGGGCCGACCGUGAACUGCGCUCCUACGUCCUCCAGGUGGACGUGGACACCGAGUACCACUCGAAGCUCAUUGGCCGCCAUGGCGCCGUGAUUAACAAGCUGCGUGCCGAUCACGACGUCAACAUUUCGCUGCCCAAGCGCGACGAUCCCAAUCAGCGCAUCAUCUCCAUCACCGGCUACCAGGCCAAGGCUGAGGCAGCACGCGAUGCGAUCCUGGAGAUCGUCGGCGACCUCCAGACCCUCCACCGCGAGGUAAUUGAGAUCGAUACGCGCAUCCACUCGCACAUCAUUGGCCAUCGCGGACGCACCAUCCGCAAGAUCAUCGAGGAUCACAAGGUGGACAUCAAGUUCCCCACUUCCGACGAAGCUCAAACCAAUCCCAAUGCCGUGACCAUCAUUGGCAAGGAGGAGGACGUUGAGAACGCCAAGGAAGUGCUCUUGAGCAUGGCCGAGGACUACGAGCGUGAUUACUUGGAGAACUUGCCGCCAUCACCGCAGCCACAGACGGUCGGCGCUUUCCUAACUGGGUCAGGAUCUGGACCCGGUUCUGGCAGCGGCGCUGGCGGUGCUGCCAGCGAGAACGGUUUCGUCAUCAAGGACGCGCCGUGGGAGAAGAAGCAGCAGGCCAAGAAUCUGACUGCGCCGAACACUCAGUCGCAGGAGGACUUUCCUCACUUCGCUGCUGGCGGAGCUCCGGCCACCACCACGCCCAUCACUUCAGUGUGGGGGCCCAAGAACUAAGGUCGCCCUGCAGCAGCGUCAGCGGCAGCAGCAACAGUAGCAGCAAUAACUACGCGUCGGGGUGCGCCGGGGGUCGGAGCUGGAGCUGGGCGGCAGAGCAGCGGCGGCAGUCGUGCGAACGGAUGUCUCCUUAGUCGAAAACUAGUGUCAAAAACAAACGGUAUAUAGGUUGUCUCCCAGGAGCUUUUGUACAAAGCAAUUUGUGCACGUUAAUUGAAACAAAAAAAGGAAAAAAGAAAAUGUGAAUGACAAAACAAAACCAAGCAACUAUUUUUGUAUAUGAUUUGAUACAGAAUCGAACCCCAAAACACACACGAUCGCAAAGCAUAACAACAACAACAACGACACUCACACUCACACACGAUGAAAUUGCAUUUAUACAACAUAGAAUACAAGAACCGCGAAAUGAGCAACAGACAACAUAAAACUGAGAAACUGACUCACACGCCCACCCCAACCCGUUCCCCGUCACCCCCGAUGUGUCACUUUAUACAUAAAACACUUAAUUGCCAAUUUCUUUUUUGAUAUAAUAACCAACCAUUCUUCAUUGCAAUACGAAACAAAGCACAUAAAAUAUUCUAAUUAGUUGAAGAGAGCUCCCCCCGAAAAGUAUGGUUUUGUUAAUUGAAUUUUGAAAGGAAAUGAACGAAAGUACAUAAUUGUAAGCAUAAAAUGUUAAUUAUUUACAUUUACACAAUCAAUUUGUAAUUUCGAUCCUCUGUCUCUGUCCUCUCCGCCUCGCUUUUAUCUUAGCUUGAUUAUAUUCCAUACUCAGAUGUAGAUGUUCGUUUUCGGAAGAUUCCCCCCUCGAAAAGUUAGUGAUUAUUAUGAUUUAUGCGGCGGAAUGUAAAGGCCAACUAAAUGUUAAUGAACGUUAAUUGUAUUUGUAAAAACGUUUCCCCGAGCGAGAGAGUGUGGAUGAUGGAGGUGGCGAAUAUUAUUUGAACAGCAAUUAUAUAAUUAUACAACAAUUUAUACAUUACAAUUUACACUCUCAGCUCCUAUUCCCACUCUCCCGGAUCCUGCAAAGGCGAACCCGAACACACACACACAACACAAACACACCCCUACUAUUCACAUUUCAAAAUGAGUACCAACAUUUUAAUUUUGUGCAAUCCCCUUGAUUUAUAUUAAAUUGUUUUCGACUUAUGUUUUCCGCUCUUAACUUAAAUUUGUAUGCUCCGCGGUGUGCAUGGCCUUAAAAAAAAGGGAAAAAUAUAGAAAACACCCGAGUCCUACCAGUACUUUGUUGACUUUUCAGUUUUUUCCACCGCGCAUUAUAUAAUCUGACAGUUGAAACACAAAAGUAUGAGAAAAAAUUUUAAUUUUUUACUAUUACUAUUCAAUAAAAUUAUAAACAAAAAACAAAAAAACCAUAUAAAACCAUAAAUAAAAAACGUAAACAAAUUGUAUCUAUUUCGUUUCUUCGUUCGUUUUCUUCCGUUUUUGGAUUGCUUCUGUUUAAUUUGUUUGAUUUUUUUUUUAGAAAAAGAAACCUAAAAUGAUAACACCAAGAAUAUAACAGACCUGAUAUUGUAAAUUUUUAAAAAAUAUACAUACAUAUUUACAACAACUGCAUUAGUAAUUCUAAGAACGUAGCGAAUACGACGAAAUGAUAUAAAUGUAUAUAUUUUCCUAUAUUAACGGACAAAAUCAAAUGUACGACGAGAAGAGACGGAAGGCAAGGGCAUUCGGUGGCAUUUUGCACGGGCUGCAAAACAAGAUAUUUUCACUCACGACUCAACGUUUUUUAUUACAAUUAUUAUUAUCAUUUCAAAUGCAGAUAUAUGGCAGAAACAUUCAUCCGUUUGUAUUUAUUUCUUUUGAAAUACAAAAGUUUUAAACUGAAA